AAGCCCAGUCAGGAACUUCCGCGUCGUCGGCGUGCAGUCUGCUACCGUCUGAAGUCCGUCCGUCUAGUCUACCUACCGACUGCUAACGUUAGUCCAGCGAGCGGGCGAGCUGCAGAUCAACAUGGCCCAGACCAACACGGACACCAGCACGUUAUGUCUUUUCGACGUGGACGGGACGUUGACCGCAGCCCGACAGAAGGCGACGCCUGAUAUGGCUGAGUUCCUGUCGCAGUUGAGGAAGAGGGUGCGCGUUGGAGUGGUGGGAGGAUCUGACCUGGUAAAAAUCAAGGAACAGCUGGGAGAUGAUGUGAUUGAUCAGGUGGAUUAUGUUUUUGCGGAGAAUGGACUGAUGGCCUACAGAUAUGGACAACUGCACUCAGUACAGAGCAUACAGGCAUAUCUGGGUGAGGAGAUACUGCAGGACUUCAUCAACUUCUGUCUGGACUACCUGGCCAAGAUCAAGCUGCCAAAGAAGAGAGGAACGUUUAUCGAGUUCCGUAAUGGAAUGCUCAAUGUCUCUCCCAUUGGCCGAAGCUGCAGCCAGCAGGAACGAAUCGAAUUCUUCGAGCUGGACAAAAAGGAGAACAUCAGGGAAACGUUUGUUUCUGUUUUACGAAAGGAAUUUGCUGGGAAAGGACUGGCCUUCUCAAUAGGAGGUCAGAUCAGUUUCGACGUGUUCCCAGAGGGCUGGGAUAAGCGCUACUGUCUGGGCAUCGUGGAGCAGGACUCUUAUCAAACCAUCCACUUCUUUGGAGACAAGACCAGCCCGGGAGGAAAUGACUACGAGAUCUUUGCGGACCCAAGGACUGUGGGCCACUCUGUGACAUCACCGGACGACACACAGCGGAUCUGUCAGGAACUCUUCUUCCACUGAAUGCACGCACACACACAGACUCACUCACACACACACAUACACUCACUAAUUCACUAGAGACCCACAUAAUCUCAUACCUAAACCCAAAUCCUGGACCCGUUACCAUAGCAGCAGAUACGGACCGGUUCUGGACCCGUUACCAUAGCAGCAGAUGCGGACCGGUUCUGGACCCGUUACCAUAGCAGCAGAUACGGACCGGCUCUGGACCCGUUACCAUAGCAGCAGAUACGGACCGGCUCUGGACCCGUUACCAUAGCAGCAGAUACAGACCGGUUCUAAUUCCGAGUGAGCUACUCCAGAUCCACGACUCCUCUUGUGAUGCAAGCGAUGAACUUUCACCUUUCAACUAUCAGCAACACAGACUGUUAACACGUUCAGGCCGUAUCCUCAGUUGUGUGUGUGUGUGUGUGUGUGUGUGUGUGUGUGUGUGUGUGUGUGUGUGUGUGUGUGUGUGUGUGUGUGUGUGUGUGUGUGUGUGUGUGUGUGUGUGUGUGUGUGUGUGUGUGUGUGUGUGUGUGUGUGUGUGUGUGUGUGUGUGUGUGUGUCCACCGAGCUGAGCCGUGAGGUUUAAAGUGCUUUUACAUGCUGACCAUAGCUGCCUUGGACUGUUGGAUCAGACCUACAGAAAACAGUGUCUUUACGAUGCCAUAAUGUCUCUGUGUGGUGCAGGGUGUGUUAUGAUGAUGUGUGUGUGUGUGUGUGUGUGUGUGUGUGUGUGUGUGUGUGUGUGUGUGUGUGUGCUCCCCGUGCUGCUUGUGUGUGUAAGGGCUUUGUCUGAUCUGAUAUGACACUGGCUGAUCCAGACAGUACCACACAUAAAAGGGAACUCUGAUCGCAACGUUGUGGCUUUGUGAUGUCACAGAGCUUUCAUGACAUCCUAAUGACAGACUCAGAGCCAUAUAAAGAGAGAGUUGCGACAACUCCAUUGACGCUAAUGUUCCAUAUUUUCUCAACAAUAGUUCCCGGAAGUUAGGAUCGAACACUCGUUAACAGACAGUAAAAGACGGUUAUUUUAUGAUUCUAACGAACAGUCAAAAUCGCUUCCGGGAACUAUUUGAACCUCUGAUUUGAACUACUUGAAGUUACACGAACCACGUCACAAACCGAAUUUUCUGUACCCGGGUUGUCGCAACUCUCUCUUUAUAUGGCUCUGGACAGACUCAAAGACAUUCGGCUGUCUGGAAAUUAUGAUGUCACAGUCAGUGUUGUUACGUGUGCAGAAUAGUCUGAUUAAAGCACAGAAUAUGUAAAAUUCCAAUUUAUAAGAUAGUUUAACAAAUAAACUAAUACACACUUAUAACAAGAAUAACAACAUUCAAGAAUCAUGAUGAAUGUCAACUGAAUUUGGAGAAUGGUGUGAUGUCCUUAGUAACCAGAGAACUCUGCUGUUAGGAAAUAUGUUUUGUGAUGUCACAAUGUCCUUAGUAACGAAAAUGACUGGAACGUGUGUAAAAUUAAUGGAUACCUGCCUAUACAGUAUGUGAUUUCUGCAACAGUGGUACUGAAAACAAUAUUCUGUUAUUUGUUUAUAAACAGAUGACCCACCGAACACCCUUAGACCUGGUACUGAAUUGAAUUGCUAUAAUUCUGACCUGUUAACAAUGGAUGGCAACAAUGGAUAAUUAAAACAACAUCA